UCCGACCGAGCGAAGAUGCCCGCUUCCCUGGACAUGAGCCUCGACGAGAUCAUCCGGCGCAAGGAGCGGCCCGAACCGCGCGGCGCCCCGGGCCCGCUCCGCCGCCGGCCGAACCGCGGCCCUGGCCCGCUCCGCCGCCGGCCGAACCGCGGCCCUGGCCCGCUCCGAUCGGCCCCGUACUUCCCUCCUCCGAUGCACCGCCUGAGUUCUUCUUCAGCGCCGAGGGCGCCGGUCAUGGCGCCGAUCUGGCGGCAAGAGGAGGGGCCGUUCGGCGGAACAUCCGAGCCCGAGGCAGGCACGAAGCUGUAUAUAUCGAACUUGGAUUACGACGUCACCAAUGAGGAUAUAAUGUUACUGUUUUCAGAUGUUGGGGAUAUCGAAAGAUACGGAAUCCACUAUGAUCGAAGUGGGAGAUCCAAGGGAACUGCAGAAGUUGUUUUCUCACGCCAUUCAGAUGCUUUAGCGGCUAUCAAGAGAUACAACAAUGUCCGACUUGAUGGGAAGCCGAUGAAAAUCGAGAUUGUCGGACUGAGUCUCUUUCCUCCUGCUCCUCUGCUUCCCCUUCCUCUUCUGAAUAGCAGUGUUGGAAGAUUUCGGACUGCGUUUGCAAGUGGACAAGGUUCUGGUGCUGAGAAACCGUAUCAGGGUGGCAGCAGCCAAGGACCACCAAGAGUUGGUGGACCAGGAAAAGCUAUUCUUCAAAAACCGUCUGCCAAAGACCUUGAUGCCGAGUUGGACAGAUACCAUUUUGAAGCCAGGCAGUCAUCAUAAACAGCACAAAUUACUUUUUAGGAUACUAAUCUCAUCGAUAUGCAGCUUUUGCACGCGGUAUUCACUUUUUUGAGACAAAACUAAGCAUGGUAGGAUAUUGUCCACUGUACCUGGGGUGGUGUGUCGUUCUUUUUUGGAUGCUCCAGCUCUACCUUUUAAACCAUAGUAAAUUUUUGGCUCAUAAGUCAAUAGGUAAUUCCCCAAAUUGUGCGUAUCGGAGCAUCUUUUGGCAGCUUAUUUCUUUUCUAAGUUUGGAAUAGCUAUAGUACUGUUGGCAAAGAAUCGGCGUUUGAAUUGAAGCCAAUUUAUAUUAGUUUCUAUGUUACCCUUUUAA